GUCGGUUACUAGAUAUUAAUAUUCUUUUUAUUAUUACCAUCGUCGUCCAGCUUCCCACUAUGCUAUUUCUCUUCUCUCUCCUCCUCUUGUUAUCUUCCGUCCUUGCUACGCAGCCUUCCGCCCCGGAUCCGAUCUCCGCACCGCUGCGGGACUUGAAAUGGGGUCAACUCAACUUCCUCCACACCACUGAUACUCAUGGCUGGCUGGCCGGACAUUUGCAAGAGCCUUCUUACUCUGCAGACUGGGGUGAUUAUGUCUCUUUCGCAACUCGCAUGCGAGAUAAGGCAGAGGCGCAAGGAUGGGAUCUGCUGGUAGUUGAUACGGGCGACAGGGUGGAGGGAAAUGGCCUAUACGACUCAUCCGAGCCAAAGGGCAUUUACAUCUCCGAGAUCUUACGUCAGCAGCAUAUAGACCUGAUCACUUCUGGAAACCACGAGCUAUACAAGCAAAACACCUCCGAGGCCGAAUUCCUUACUACUGUACCUGACUUUCAUGGGAAAUACCUGGCAUCGAAUAUCGACAUCAUCCAUCCGAAAACAAAUGAAUUGGUUCCGCUGGCUCCUCGAUUCAAGAAAUUCACUACCAGAAAACAAGGAAUCCGCAUCAUUGCGUUCGGCUUCCUCUUCGACUUUGCAGGAAAUUAUAAUAAUACCGUUGUACAGCCUGCGGAAGAGGCUAUCAAGGAGGAUUGGUUCCAAGAAGCCAUCCGAGACAAAGAUGUUGACCUCUUUUUGGUUGCCGGACAUGUUCCUGUGCGAUCGAAGGAAUUCAAUGCCAUCUUCAAAGAGAUUCGAGCCGCCCAGUUACACACCCCAAUUCAAUUUUUUGGCGGCCAUUAUCAUGUCCGAGAUUAUGUUCGAUAUGACUCUAGGGCUUAUGGUCUUGCUAGUGGCCGCUUUAUGGAAACCAUUGGCUUCAUGUCUAUUGAUGGUAUCUCAACUAACGACCGACAGUUGACACCUGCGCGUGCAACACCAACCUUCAAUAGGAGAUACAUAGACAAUAACCUCGUAUCUUUCUAUCACCAUACUGGUCUUGAUGAGGAAACAUUUCACACCGAUGCUGGACAGCAUACAUCUCAGCUCAUACAACAAUCCAGAAACGCCCUCCAAUUGGACAAGGUGCAUGGGUGUGCGCCCAGGGAUCUGUGGAUGUCACGCACCAAGUAUCCAAGUAAUGGCAGCAUCUACACCUGGUUAGAGGAGCAAGUGCUUCCGAGUUCAUUGAAGGACGAAUCUCGUAGAGGGGUUCCAGCGCUUGCUGUCGUCAAUACUGGCGCCAUUCGGUUUGACAUUUUCAAGGGACCCUUUACCCAAGACACGACUUUCAUAGUGUCCCCCUUCACAAGUGGAUUUCGAUAUGUGAAGGAUAUUUCCUAUGACAAAGCACAGCUAAUCGUAGAGGUUUUGAAUAAGCAGCCGCAAAUUCUGGCCGAAUCGCGACGUCGAAGAGACUUUGGUCUCGCUCCGCCCGAGCAACUCGCGUAUUCAGGCCGCGCACUCACAGAUGAAGACUCUCUUUUGAAGACCCAAAUGGCCUCUGGUGUCUCUUCAGGUCAAACUCCUCUUUCUGGCAAAGAUGAUGCCGAGACGAAAAUCUUCCCCGGAUACACCACGAAAGACGACGCAGGCACUGAUGGCGAUGAUACAGUCCACUCGCCAAUUUCAUUCUACCGUGUACCCAAUUGCAUCCAGUCUUUGGUUUCCUCCAACAUGUCUACUGUUCCGGAAACGGUAGACCUAGUGUACAUCGAUUUUAUAGAACCGUACGUAGCUCUUGCAGCUAAAUUUGCCGGUCUCGAUGUCGAUUUUACGAAGGAAGCUGAUAUAUACAUGCGCUAUAUGACUUUGACGAACCUGAUCUUAAAAUGGAUCAAAGAGAAUUGGGAAUGUGGCGACGCAUGAUAUCCAACCCCAUGAGAUUGUCAUUUCCGUUGUUUACAUAAUUCUUAACAUUUCGCUGGCGCAUCUUUGUCUUGAUGGAACAUGACCUGUCUCAUGUAUCACAUCCCUCUAAUCAUUGGAAACUGACUUUUUGUAUUCCCUUACCAAGCAAAUAGAUAUAUCCUAAUAGCAUUGUUUAUACACCCAGAACUGGCCA